GAGUUUCGUAGGGAGAGUCGUGACCGCGCCCGCGUUCGAGGUGGUGGUCGCUGUGGCGAUCGUCGCGAACGGGCUGCUUUUGGCCGCGGAGGCCCAGUACCGUGGAUUCAGCCUGGCCGAGUACACUGGGCAUGCGAGCGCCAACGGUCAUUCUGCCGAGAUGUGGCCGCAUGCUUCAGAGACCUUCGAUGUGCUCCAUUGGGUGUUCGGAGUAAUCUUCACGAUCGAGAUCGUGCUUAAGAUUGUGGGUCUAUGUCGAGAGUUCGUCCACGACCCAUGGAAUUGGAUAGAUCUGGCGAUCGUCUUAUUCUGGCUGUUUGAUGUUUUGGGGGAGUUCGGUGUAGAAGUGCAGUUCUUGCGGCUUGCCCGCCUAGCCAGGCUGCUACGCCAAAGUGUAGUGUUCGAGUAUUUUGGAUCGUUCUCACGGUCAUUCUUGACAAUGUACGAGAUCACUUUCGGCAAUUGGCCGACCCCGGUGAGGGCAUUGACGGAGCACGUCGACGAGGUGUUCAUUGUCUACGGCGUGGUGCACAAGACCAUUAUUGGAUUCGCCGCUGUCCAGCUGCCUGCGGGGGGCACCUGUGAGCUCCUGGAGGAGCAAGCCCACGUCCUGCAGUGCAUGCAAUGGCGCAGUGGGGCAAGGGCAACCAUGGUUGGCGCAAUUCUCGUUCCCGCAGUCGUGGCAAUGAUUGGCGGGGUCAGCAUCAGUCCUACAGCGUGUGCAGCAAGUGUGGCCACUGGGAAUGGGAUUGGAGAGGUCACGCUUGGUGCAGUGUAUGUAAGUCCGCAUAUAAAGGGUAUGAACAACCGCACGGGCUUCCAGGAGGUCUUUCAGAGCAUGUUGGUGGAGGACAAAGUGAUGUUUCGUCCUCGCUGGCAGAUCAAGCCCGUGCUGCACUCGUUCAAUUUCCCGAGCUGCAAUCUCUUCUGGCAUCCGCACUUCCCCCUGAGCCGCUUCCUGCAGUUCCUACCAAUGUGGAGUUGGAAUCACUGGUGGCGGCCAAACGUACGGAGCUUGCCAAAGAAGUGGAGCAGGCAGCAAAAGAAGAAAGGUUGGCAUGGCAAGACCGCAGUGCUCGACAGUUCAAGUCACGUACCAAAGCUGCAGCUGAAGCCGCCCGUGCUGCUGGAGUUCAUGCACCAGGAGAAGUACCUCAAGAUGUUCCCAUGGAACCCGCAGGCGUACCUGUGGGCGGAGGACAUCAGGCUCCUGCAGCAGGGGGCAGCACGGACAUGGGCAGUUCUGGCAAUCAAUCCACAUAUGAUCCUGAUAUCGUCCAACGCCUUCACGAACUAUCCGAUGAUGAACUUCGUAAAGUGGCAGAUUCGACAAAGCAAGUCUCUGUUCCUGCCGAAGUUCGUUCGGCAUUCCUUCCCUUUCAUGGAGCUGGGCCUCCAGGUCGGCCAGCACAUCACCGCCCUGGUGAACGCCAGGCAGGCCCAGGGAGCACGGUGGCGGCUUGGAGUACUGAGCGCCGUCUUUAUCCAAGAGACGUUCAAAGUGGCUCAGAUGGACGACAACCUCAUGGUCAGGCAAACGCUGCGCCGGGAGAGGAUUCACUCUCUCAAGAUGCGUAAGCUUUUUGAAGAGGCCGACGAAGACAUGAAUGGCUCGGUUGAUCUAGCGGAAUGGGAGACAAUUUGCCAGGACAAGUGGGUGCAGACUUGGCUUCGCUCCCAGGAGAUCCCAAUCCAGAAUGCUCGAAGCUUGUUUGAACUAAUAAUCGGAUUAGGCGACGGAGACGGAUCGCUCACAGCGGACGAGCUCAUUCAGGGUACAGCCUCGCUCAAAGGCGCGUCCGCCGUCGUCAACCUGCUGCAGUUAGCUUUGCAUCGAGUGACAGUUGCCCACGCUGGGAAUGAUUCGCCUGAGUACUGCGGGUAA